GCGGGGCGGCGGGAGGCAUGCUCCUCCUGCCUCGCCUGCUGUGCCUUGCCACUGGGGCCACCGGCGCGGCCAUCUUCGGCGGCACGCUCACGAAGGAGGCCGCCGCGGGGUGGCUGAAGGUGUGGCGCGCGGCCUACAAGAAGAACGACGGGUCGGUCCCGGAGCUGAAGGACUCGGUGCUGCCCGCGGACCUCGGGGGGCUGGACUCCAUGGUCGUCAUCUCCAGCGGGGGGGCCGCCGGGGGCGUUGUCACGGAGGGCAUGGGCUACGCCAUCAUGGUGGAGGGGAUCCACGCCCUCGGGGGGAGCAAGGCUGGGCUGCGCAACGGUCUCGCGCUCACCAAGGCCUGGCUUGGGAUGGUCUACGGCCCCCCGGAGACAUCUCUUGGCAGGACGGAGCUCCCUCUCGGCGGCGGCAGCGGCGAGAAGGGAUCUGCGACACAGGCCGACGUGCCGCCGUACGGGGUGUCGGCCAUCGAGGGCAAGAGCGGCGGGUUCUCCGGGCUGCCGGCCUGGAAGUUCCCCGUAAACCAGUGCGCACCGUUCUGCCACGGCACCGCCACAGACGGAGACGAGGACGCGCUGCUUGGUAUGAUCUACCUCGCGGAGGCACUGAACGCCCCAGACGACUUCGUCGACAUGGUGAUGCGCACCGCCAUUGCCUUCGCGUCCACCGACCUCGGUUUCCCAGAUCUCUACCGGAGCCUGCCAGACGGGUCGCGUAUGUUCGUUCCCAAGGGGGGCUCUGAUUGGGGCGGCCUGACGCCAGGCUCAGGGAAGUACGGCGCGUCCCAGCAGCCGUGGUGCUACAACCCCUCCUACUUCGCCCCGGGGCACUACCGCGUCUUCAGGGACUUCGUCCAGAAGUAUUGGUCAGCGGGAUUCGAUGACUAUCUGCCGCCGUACCUCGACGGCACGCCCUCCACGUUGAAGGACCUGGUGGCGUCGUUCGAGGGUGCGAUCACGGCGGGGUACAACAUCCUCUACCACUCCUCGUGCCCCUCGGGCGCUGUAUCCAACUGGGUGGGCGUCAGGUCGGAGUGCGGAGACGGCGGCCUCAACUGCGAGGGGGUGCCCUGGGCCACCACGCCGUACGUCGGCAGGAACGGCACCUGCACCGCCUCUGGGACGACCUUUGGCUCCUACGGCCCGGACGCCAGCCGCACGCCCUGGAGGAUAGCAAUGGACUACAUCCUGUACGAGAAGGAAGCCACCGACGUGCAGAUGUACGACAGGCAUGGCAAGCCAGACUCCUCGCUUGAGUUCAACGCCCAGGUCUACCUGAACCGGUUCGCCAACCAGUACAUGCGCUAUGCGACUUGCGACGGGGGCAAGGCGGGAGCCUGCUAUAUGCAAGGCACGGUGGCGACCUACGAGCUGGCGUCGGCUUUCUCUAUGAAUGCCCCUGGGCUGACUUGCAAGAAUGUUCCCAAUGCCGGGCAGGAUUGGUGGGCUGGCUUCAUGUCCUACCCGACUUUCACUGUUUUCGUCGCUCCGCAUAGCAACCUGACAGCCAAGCAGAGCGCGCAGUGGCAGGAGACCCUGGCGGGCAUAUGCGACUUCUCCGGGAAGUCGCCCAAGGGCGGCCUGUGCAGCGACUCCUACUUCGAGCUGGGGCAGGAACUGAUCUCCACGAUGGUCAUGUCCGGCCACGUUGCGCCCCUGUAUUCUCCUGGCGGCGGGCCACCACCCUCCACCGCCUCCACCACCGAGUUCGUGCCAGCCCCGACCCCUCUUCCCAGCACAGUGGCGCCGCCACGGGCGCCCCAAACCACCUCGGCUGGCCCGACCAUUUCUGUCUCGACGGCGCCCGCCACCCGCACAGUUCCGACCUUGACGCCAGAUGCGGCCCCGCCGACCUCACGACCCACGACCACGGCGACGAGGGCGCCCCGCGCCCCCGCAGCCGCUGCCGGCGCCGCCGCCGAAGAGGGCGUCUGCUGCCUCGUCGGCUCUGACGACGGGUGCGGGAGCUGCAGUAUGCUGGCGGAGGCCCUUCCGAGCAGCCACUGCAGCAAGUCCGAGGCCCAGUGCGUGGGCUGCGGCCCCAGGGCGGAGUGGUGCGGCGCAGGCGGGAGCCGCGGCAGCCGCAGCCGCGGCGGCGAGAGCGGCAGCAGCAGCAGGCCACAGGUGACGUCGUCCGCUGCGCCCCAGGCGGCGGCCCCGACCACCACGGCGGUCUUGCAGAAGCCGACCACCAAGCCGGCCGAGCCAGCCACCACGGCCGCGGACGAAGCCGCCACUGCGCGUGCCGAGGCGCCAGGCUUCUGCUGCCUUGCCGGCAGUGACCCGCUGGACCCCUGCGGCUCUUGCUUCGGCUCGGCGUGGUCCGACCCCGGCGGCCCCUGCAGCAACUCCGAAGCCGCUUGUGGCGCCUGCGGGCCCUCGGCGGCGUGGUGCCAGCACGGCGCGGUCGAGCCAGAGCGCGGCGCGGGCCGCGACGUCUUCCACGGCGCCGUCGGCGUCAUCCGCAAGUUCGCGGACGCCGACGGCGCCGUCCCCGUGCCCAAGAGGCCGGGGGCGGGGCUGGGGGUGGCCCUGCUCGAGAUGGCCGCGGCGUUGGCCACGGUGGCAGUGGCCGUGGCCGCUUGCCGCGGCGCGGCGCCCAGGAGGUCCGCGCCAGAGUACGGGUGCCUCCAGCCGCGUGCCGGCGGCGAGGGCGAGGCGACCGCGUGA